AGAACUACAAAAAUGAAGGUCUAGUAGGCCUCAUUUUUUCCCCUUCAACACCCUCAUUAAACUCGACUCCAUAUUACAAACUGAGCUUGUUGGGUUACUCUCCACACAUCCCUGAUCAUCACUCAAAGGAAGAGUAGCUUCUUUUCCAACUUAAAGACUUUUUUUAGUCUAUUAUGGCGCCAAAUUGUGGGAGGUCAUAACAAAUAAUCAAGGCUCCAACACCUCCUGUGGUAUCCUGGCAGCAGCCUAUCGCAGCCGGCUGAAGGGCAUCUAAUGAUGGACCGGAGGCGGAGGCAACAAGGAGAGCGCCGGUGCCUCGGAUAAACACGGGAGUCUCACUUCCGAGAGCCACCAGUUUGUGAUUGGACCUAUAACUGCUACCUGGGCGUGAUUUUUACCCACGUUUUUAAUCCGCCUGCGAGGUUUUCGACUGCUACGCAAUAAUGACUUCUUUUAACGCGUCAAAUCUGGAUUUUACGCAGUUUUUGGAGACUCAGUAUACCGCCUGUCCUCCUGUGGAAGGAUAACUGCUCCUGCUAGUGUUGCUCUGCUGUCUUAAGUGUGUAAGGCGACAGAUUCAACCGGGACAUAUCAAUCCAUCCGGGAAGGCAACUCAAACUGGAGCGUCUCUUUUUGACAAACACUCAUCCAAGAACGCAAGAAAAAAAAAGUGAAAAAAGCGGACACCGAGAUGGAGCAUUUGGCCACAAAGUUAAACCCAAGACUGCUCCACAACGCAUGAGUCCCUCAUAGGAGUUUUUGUCGGACUAAAACACGUCGGAGCUGCUUGGAGUUGUGCGUAAAAGCAGCCGCACACCGGACAGGAAGUGAACUAAUUAUUAUUAAAACCCAUCCCUCAUUUCCAUAUCUAGCCCGAGUUGGCUGGACAGCAGCCAAUCACUAACCGAAGGGCAGCAAAGAGUCGUAACGGCAUUAUCCUUCCUCCAUCACAAUUACACUGACAUGCGCAAUCUGCACACGGGCAUCAACACCAGCCACCGUUCGCUUAUUUCAGCGACCCCUCUCCCUCUGAAGGGUCCAAUUCGCUGCUUGUAGAUGAGUCGGCGAAAGGCAGCAGCGAGUCGCAGAGAAAGAUCAACAUGUCCCGCCGCAAACAAGCCAAACCGCAGCACCUCAGGUCAGAGGAAGACGCGACAGAGAGCGGACUCCUCCGCAGAAACGGCACCGUGGAGGGCAUAGAGGGAGAGGAGACCAGUGGAGGCUGCCACAGCAGUGAGGAAACACACAUCUGUGAAAAAUGCUGUGCGGAGUUCUUCUCCUGGACUCAACUGAGUGAACAUCAGAAAGUCUGCACUGAGGAUCCCUUGGUGCUGAUAGUAAAGGACAACAACGGGAGGCCAGUUCCUGAGGAAUCUCCUAUGGGACCCUCUCCCGUUCCUAGCAUGGCGCCCAGUGACUCGUCUGCAGCCGAGUCCACAGGCGCUGGCUUUGAGCUGGGGGAGACGCUGGUGGAUGACAAGGACAGUCUGGACAAUUUAGAGUUAAGCAUGGAGCGUGAUGAAGCCAUGGAGCUUGAGCAUCGGCCACAGGACAAAUACACCAAAACCUCCAGCCCUCAGCCUCCAGUUUCAACUGAGUCCACCUCCCCCCAGAAGUCAGCUACUGGCAGCUUCGGCAUGCCGAGUACAAACGUGACACUUGAGAUCCUUCACAGCACCAGGGUGGCUGUUGCUCAGUUCUCCCAGGGGAUCAACAGUGGUACUGGAGGGAAGGCAGCUUCAGCAGCCAUCCCGGUGAUCCUGGAGCACCUACUGGCUCUGCAGCAACAACAGGUCCACCAGCUGCAGCUAAUUGAGCAGAUCUGCAGCCAGGUAGCCAUCAUGAACAGACAACCAACACAGGCAGCGCUAAACCCAGUCUCCAGAUCUCUGUCUCUGGCACCUAACCCUUUCCCUUCUCAAGGCAUCAUAACUCCUCCCAUCCUGCCACUGUCAGGAACGAUACCCUCAACCGUCAACGGACAGGCUGCUGUUUCUUUGUCUUCUGUGCUUGACAAGUCACAAAGUCUUUCCUCACAAACUGCAUACGGGCAGUCCACCUUUAGAGACAUAACAUGUACCUCAGCAUCCUCGGAAAAUUCAACACCAUCUCUCUCCAGCUGCAGCAGCAGCAUCUCCACGUUACUGCCUCCUUACACAGGCUCGCUCACCAGCAGCCUCAGCUGCGUUCAGACUCUAAGCUCCUCCAGCCCGCUCCCCCUGGGGCAGAGCAGCCUCCUCAGCCCAUCCUCCAGCCUGUCAUUUCUACCUCAGAGCCCCCCCAGCAGUGUCAUUUUCCCCAAUCCCUUGGCUAGCAUCGCCGCUACAGCUAAUGCACUUGACCCUCUCGCAGCCCUGAUGAAGCACAGGAAAGGGAAACUGCCUAACAUGCCCUUAUUUGAAACAAAGCACAGCCCAGAAGGACCCUUCUUCAAGCAUAAAUGCAGGUUCUGUGCCAAAGUGUUUGGCAGCGACAGCGCUCUGCAGAUCCACCUGCGCUCCCAUACAGGAGAGCGACCCUUCAAAUGCAACAUCUGCGGCAAUCGCUUUUCCACGAAAGGAAACUUAAAGGUCCACUUUCAGAGGCAUAAAGACAAGUAUCCUCAUGUUCAGAUGAACCCAUACCCAGUGCCAGAAUAUCUUGAUAAUGUGCCAACAACUUCUGGGAUUCCCUAUGGAAUGUCCAUUCCCCCAGAGAAACCUGUCUCCUCAUGGCUGGAUAGCAAACCUGUUGUAGCAACUCUGCCAGCCACUAUGGGUCUUCCGCUUUCCCCCACUAUUACCAGUAUCGGAGGCUCAAAUGACCCUCUAAGUGUAACACCAUCUGCUAAAUCUCCCUUCCUGCCAGCUCCUGGUGAAUGUGUAUCUUUGUCACCUAACCACAGAGGCGGUGAGGCUCAUUUUGCUUCUGUUUCAGAGUCUCCACAGUCUAACCGUGAGACAGAAGCGGCCAAUGAACUGGAAACAGAGGGGGUCCCCCUACCCCAAAACUGCUCCCAGAGAUUGAGAGCCAACCCAGUAGUAGAAGCAACCAGCACCCCGGUCCCUUCUGCGGCAACCACACCUCAACCCUUCACCUCAGCCUCCCCUGUCUCCAGCUCUCCACCUCUCUCAUUCAACUCAGAAGAAACUAAAUUCCCAACCGCUGGCUUCCUGGACUCUAUGCAAACAUCUGAAACCUCAAAGCUUCAGCAGCUGGUGGAGAACAUUGACAAAAAGAUUACAGACCCCAACCAGUGUGUCCUCUGUCACCGCGUCCUCAGCUGUCAAAGUGCGCUUAAGAUGCACUACCGCAUUCACACCGGGGAGAGGCCCUUUAAAUGUAAAGUGUGUGGCAGGGCUUUCACCACCAAAGGCAACCUAAAGACACACAUUGGUGUUCACAGAGAAAAUCCUCCUGUUCAGGUGCUACACUCAUGUCCUAUUUGCCAGAAGAAGUUCACCAACGCGGUUGUCCUUCAGCAGCAUAUCCGUAUGCACAUGGUCGGGCAGAUUCAAGACUCCACCCUGGUGGACGGGCUGCAGGAGAUGGACAGCGAUAUCUCAUUCAACGACAGGAACCUUGACAGCCUCAGCAGCAAUGACAAUGACCUCAUUGAUGAUAUUUCAAUGGAGGAUGAUAAUGAGGAAGAAGAAUAUGAGGUAGAAAACAUUGAGGAAGUUGUUAAUCCAUCCAAACCCUUGAUCUCUGAUUAUUCUCCGCCUAAGUCCUCCACCAUUGUUUCAAGUAUAGCUGCACUGGAGAACCAAAUGAGGAUGAUUGACUCUACUUUAAGCCUAAACCCCUCCUUUGGUAUACAAUCUUUAACAAAUGGUUUUAAUGACAGCAGCCAACUCAAUGUUAAAUGCUCUUUAUCGGGGAAAAGGCUGGAGAAUUGCAGCCUAAACAGCCCAAGUGUGUCGGAAUCCUCCUGUUCACCAAGCGUAUCAGUGUCUCCAAUUCAAAGCAACUCAGAAGGCAUGGCGAUCAAAUCACCUGCAGUGAACAACAACAGGCCAGAAUCCCAAGAGCCUUUGGCAGCCUCAGUGAAGAGAGAGCAAUCUGAGUCUCCUACCUCUGCGUUAGCAGCUACAGUGGCCCAAGAGCUGAGAGGAAUACAGGCCAGCAAGCUAUGUGUGAAAGAGGAGACUCCUUAUAGUAUGUCAUUCCAACUGAGCAGAGAAAGAGCUGCAGGUCAAAGCAUCCCCAGCCUGGAUACCAGCACAUUAUCAGGCCUGAUAAAAACCGAGAUGAAUGGUCACAGUCAACCAAACAACAACCUGUCUGAAGUGCAGCACCCACCAUUUAGCGUCCACAUCCCCCCGACUUAUGCAUCAGUUGGCAGCCCAGGAAUGACCUCCCUGCUCGGCCCUGCUCCUCAUCGCCGAACACCGAAGCAACACAACUGCAACGUCUGCGGGAAGAACUUCUCGUCAGCCAGUGCCCUACAGAUCCAUGAGCGCACACACACCGGAGAGAAACCGUUUGUCUGCUCCAUCUGCGGCAGAGCUUUCACUACGAAAGGCAAUCUGAAGGUUCAUAUGGGAACUCACAUGUGGAACAAUGCACCAGCCAGGAGAGGUCGGCGGCUGUCGGUAGACAACCCCAUGGCCCUGCUGAGUGGAGAGGCCGCGAAGUUUGGAGAGAUGUUUCAGAAGGACCUGGCAGCUCGAGCGAUGAAUGUAGACCCUGGAUUUUGGAACCGUUAUGCGACAGCUAUCGCCAACAGCCUGGCAACGAAGAACAACGAGAUCUCAGUGAUUCAGAACAGAGGCAUCUCUCAGCUGCACCCUCUGACUGCAGGCAUCGACAGAGUGAGCUCCGCAGGAAGUCCGAUAACCAGUCUAACCAAGACAGGCAUGGACCUGAGAAAUAAUAGGCAUUUUUCUAUGCUGAUUGAUGACAGCAAAGAAAUUGGAAUCAAUUAAAAACAAGAUGAAUGGAGACUCAAUACUUAUGCAAUCCAUUAUGGACAUUAAAAUAUUUGUAAAAUGUCUUUUUUGUUCUUAU